AUGCCGAUCGAGUUCACAGUGUUCAAGGGGUCCCAGGACGGAUCUAUUCGGCAAGAAAAGUCCCAGCGCGGCGACCUUGAGCGCGACGACGUACUCAUUCGCAUCACUCACUCUGGUGUUUGCUUCACUGAUGUCCACUAUCGACAUGCCGACAUGGCACUUGGUCACGAAGGCACUGGUGUAGUGGAAAAGACGGGACCUGACGCCAAAACUUUGAAGAAGGGUGACCGUGUGGGUUGGGGGUAUGAGCACGAUUGCUGUGGUCACUGCCGCCAGUGCCUGACAGGCUGGGAGACUCUGUGCGCGGUGCGCAAAAUGUACGCUUUCGCAGACCUUGAUCAGGGGUCAUUUGGUACUCAUGCCGUGUGGCGUGAAGCAUUCCUGUUCAAAGUUCCCGAUACCAUGAAGAACGAGGAUGCGGGUCCCCUGAUGUGCGGCGGAUCCACUGUUUUCAACGCGCUCUAUGCCGCACAAGUCCGUCCCACAGCUCGUGUGGGAAUUGUUGGAGUUGGAGGAUUGGGCCACUUGGCGAUUCAGUUCGCCGCCCAGAUGGGGUGCCAAGUGGUCGUGUUCUCUGGUACCGACAGCAAGAAAGAAGAGGCAAUGAGGUUGGGCGCGACCGAGUUCUAUGCGACCAAGGGCGCGAAUGAGCUGAAGCUCGAGAAGCCCAUCGACAACCUGAUUGUGACCACCAGCAGUCAGCCGGACUGGCAGCUUUAUUUGAACGUGAUGGCACCGAAUGGUGUAAUCUCCCCACUAUCCGUCGACUCAAACGACCUGAAGAUUCCGUACAUGCCACUUCUGCUGAAUGGUCUCCGGAUACAGGGUGGGAUUGUCUCGGCAAGACAAGUUCACCGGGACAUGCUUGAAUUUGCUGCCAUUCAUAAUAUCAAGCCUGUCAAAAUGACAUUCCCGAUGACUUUGGAAGGAGUCAAGGAGAGUCUCAAGACUCUGGAGGAAGGCAAGAUGCGGUACCGUGGUGUGCUGGUGGCAGAAAAUUAA